CCCAACUCUCGAUUUCUUUUGCGCCCGAGUCUGCUCCAAACAAGAAUUUGUUGCUUGUUUUCAUUGUACUCUUUCCCCGAGAACUUUUUCACGUUGCUCGACCGGAUCCUGCUCGACAACAUACUAGCAGAAGAGCCGGUCACAAAUACCAAAUUCACACAGCCAACAUCAUGUCAGGCUUCCAGAUCCCCGGCCUGGGGUUCGCGAAACCAAACGAGACACUCCCACCGGUGCCCGCCGACGUUCUCGCUGCCGCAGCCAGCUUUGAGGGUGUUGAUCCCGAGAUUAUCGCCGCCGCCAAUGGUACCGCAGAGCAAAUCCAAGACCAGAAUGAGGAUGUCAAUAUGGGGGAGAACACGAAUGAACCGCAGCCCGCCCCUGCGCAAACAGCAGAAUCCGUCGCGGCACCAGCUGCGGCACCAGAGGAGGCUACCGACCCCGAUGCCAUGAACGUCGACGAUGCCGCCGAGCCCCCUUCCCUGACAGACGCGCUCGAGGCCAUGAUCAGCGGUCUCGAUCAUACCCCUCCAGCCCAACCAGUCGAAGUUCCCCAAGAGGCGCCUGCAGCUCAGGAAGCGCCUAUGAUUAACGCCCCCCAAAUGCUCGACGCACCCCAAAUGAUCGAUGCCCCGACCUCCGCCACAGACCAACCCGCCGCCGAAGGCGAAGGCGACCACCCCGAAUGGGAAGCCGACUCCUCGCCCUACGAGUCCUCCUCAUCCUCAAGCAGCGACUCCUCCUCCGACUCGGACGACGACUCCGACGCAGGCGGCUACCAGCUCCUCGGCGUAGAGGAGACAGCGCGCAUGCUCAUGGAGAUGGAAGGCGGUUCAGACGACGAAGGCGGCGACGGCGGCAAGAACGGCGGCGCCGGCGGCGCGGGUGCUUCGGGACAUCUGCGGACCAAGAACGAGGUCGCUGACGUGUCGGUGCCCGCUAAGCCUGAUGUCACGCUCACUGCCGACGAUAAGAUUGAGGAGCUGGGUCUCGUGGAGCAGAUUGUUGAGAAUAUCAUGGUGGUGAGGGCGUUUACGCCCGGUGAGUACCAGGUUCUUGACACGGGGUCUGUUCUUUGCACUGAGGACCGCAAGGUGUUUGGCGUGGUGUGGGAGACGAUUGGAAAGGUGCUGCAGCCGCUGUAUACCGUCAUGCUGGCCUCGGCCGAGGAGAUUACGGUGGCUGGGCUGGCUGUCGGUGCAAAGGUAUACUACCCGCCCGCGCACGCCAAAUUCGUCUUCACGCAGCCGUUGAAGAACCUCAAGGGUUCUGACGCGAGUAACAUCCACGACGAGGAGAUUGCAGAGGACGAGAUGGAGUUCUCGGAUGACGAAAAGGAGGCGGAGCAUAAGAGGCAGGUGAAGCAGAAGAAGAAGGAGGCGAGGUUCGGCAAGGAUGGUGGUAGUGAGCGCGGUGGACCUAGUGAGAAGAGGAGCAGAGGAAACCGCGAGCCGCAUCCGCUGCGCAACGAGAUCAGUGCCUACGCUGCCGCGCCGCCUUCUACGGACGGCGGACUCAACUACGACGACGAGGACGAUGGUCCGUACAAGCCCCUCGCGCGACCGCCUGGAUUCGGCCAGGCCACGCCCGCGCAGCAGAGUUUCACUACGGAGCCUGAGCCCAGCCGCUUCGGCGGACGUAGAGGUGGGCGUGGAGACUCUAGGGGGCGCGGUGAUAGAGGCAGGGGAGGUGGUCGUGGUCGUGGACGCGGCGGGUACGGAGGCCGCGGGGAUCACAGGGAGGGAUACUCGGCGCCUCAGAGACAUCACUCCGGCGGUGACCAGCAACAACAGCAGCAGCAGGGUGGACAAUGGGGCGGUGGCGGCGUGAACGGAUUCCAGGCUCAUCAAAACUACAACAAUCAACAGCAGCAGGGUGCGCCCGCGCCGACGGCGCCGACGUUCAACUUCCCGUUCCCCGGGAUGCCUGUGCCGCAGCCGGGACAGCAGAGCUUCCCUGCCG